AUGGCUUGCCCAAAUACAUCAACAUCAAUAGUGCCUUCAGAACACUCAGAGCAAAGAGGAGCACAUAUAUCAGAUUCAAAUACAAACAUGCUUCAAGCUCCAACAAACCAACCCAGCCGAAGCUUCUCUGAUGGUCCUGUGGCUAUCCUUUGGGAUAUUGAGAACUGCCCUGUUCCUAGUGAUGUCCGUCCUGAAGAUGUAGCUGGUAAUAUCAGAAUGGCUUUGCAGGUGCAUCCUGUAAUUAAAGGAGCGGUUAUGACGUUUUCUGCUUAUGGGGACUUUAAUGCCUUCCCCCGGCGACUCCGCGAGGGAUGCCAGAGAACUGGUGUUAAACUAAUUGAUGUUCCAAAUGGAAGAAAGGAUGCUGCUGACAAGGCUAUCUUAGUUGAUAUGUUCCUGUUUGCCCUUGACAAUCCUCCACCUUCUUCCAUCAUGCUGAUCUCCGGGGAUGUUGAUUUUGCUCCAGCUCUUCAUAUACUCGGGCAACGUGGAUAUGUUGUGAUCCUAGUAAUCCCUUCUGGAGUUGGUGUUUCAUCUGCUCUCAGCAAUGCUGGUAAGUUUGUGUGGGACUGGCCUAGUGUGGCACGUGGAGAAGGCUUUGUGCCUGCUACUAAGGUUUUAAUGCAUCCUCGUGGGGGUCACUCUGAUAUUUCUGGGUAUUUCAUGGGUUGCCACAUCAAUGAUAAUGUAGAUAUCCAAAAUGAAGAAGAAGCUAUCUUAUAUAGGGGAGUAUCACAAAGCUAUUACAACUCAAGAGAUUUUUCAAUAGUCUCACAAUCAGUAUCUGAAUUCAACAGUAGUUCCUUAAUGAUGCCUUGCUGUCCCACUGCUUCAAGGUCACACAGUCUCCCGUCUGGUCUCAAUGAAGUUUCUGCUGGACCUAUAAUUUCUGGUGAUCAAAAUGAAUCUACUUGGUGGGUUCAGCCAGGGGACCUAAAUGGUCUGAAGGGACAGCUUGUAAAAUUGCUUGAACUUUCAGGAGGUUGCUUGCCUCUUAUCAGAGUUCCUUCUGAGUAUCAGAAAGUUUUCGGAAGGCCUCUUUAUGUAUCAGAGUAUGGUGCGUUCAAGCUCGUAAAUCUGUUCAAGAAGCUGGGUGACACAAUGUCUGUAGAGGGAAAAGGGAACAAGAGAUUUGUCUACCUCCGAAACUGGAAAACAGGCCCAAGUGCACCAUCUUUGGUUUUGUCAAAGAAGGAUAAUAAGAAAGGGAAGGGGACUCAAGAAGAGUGCAUGGAUAUUACCACAGGCAAUGGCUCAUCAGAUGAGUUCUCAGAGGAGGAAAGAGUUGUUGUAGAAGAACAUGAUGAGAGGAGCCAAGGGAAGACCAAUGUGGGAACAGCAGGUAAAUGUGAAAUUGAUGACCGCAGUCUUGAGAAUUUCAAAUAUGAGUUGCAAGAGAUUCUUGUCAGCUACUCUUGUCGGAUUUUCUUGGGCUGCUUUGAGGCGAUCUACCAGCAAAGGUACAAAAAACCUCUGGACUAUCGGAAGUUCAGCGUUAAUCAGCUAGAGGAACUGUUUGAGAAGGUGACAGAUGUGGUGGUGUUGCUUGAAGAGCCAGUUAGCAAGAGGAAGUUCCUGGCUGCAAGUGGUGGCUAA